AGACGCGGACCACUCCGCUCCGCUGCCUCCACACAGCGCGCGCGCAAAUACACACACACACACACACACACACACACCGCCACAGCUGGACCUGCACGCCACACUGGAUACCACCGGCCAAAACUCCACACCUGAGAGCAUUCCAGAGUCCGCCGACAAGCAGGGACAUCAUUUAGCUCUUCACAAGAUGAUACGGAGGAGACAUACUUAGAUUCCAAUCCAUCCUCCAACCCAAGCACACACACACCCCACAAGUUUUCCUCCAGUCAGCAGUGUGUGUGAGUGAGUGUGUGUGGGGGGGAUCAUGACGGCCCUCCUGGCCAACCUGAGCAUGCCCUGGGGCACGGAGGCACUGAUGGGCUCCACAGACAGCAUCAACCUGACGGCUCCCGUGCCCGUGCCACCUGACCAGCGGGACGGGCAGUCCCAGGCGCCGCUCUGCACGCUCUGCUGCUGCGGCCUGCUCAACCGGACGCUGGCCGUGGUGUUCAUGGUGAGCCUGGCGUUCGCCAUCGUCGUGGGCAACGUGGUCACGCUCACCGUGUUCAUGCAGACCCGCCAGUCACGCACUCCACAGGGCUACCUCAAAGUGUCUCUCGCCAUUGCUGACAUGUUGGUCGGCGUUUUGGUCGUGCCAUUUUCCGUCUACACCGAGAUCUCGCUCAUGGUGACCAGCGCGCCCCCCGUGUGGUACCAGUCCGCCAGGGCGCCCGCGGACCUGGCGCCGCCCGCGCACACCAACCUGUCGGCGCCGUGGCAGCCGUGCAUGCUGAUCGGGCCGGUGUUCGCCGGCUGCACCUUCGUGUCCAUCAGCACCAUCUUCCUGAUGACGGUGGAGCGCAGCAUCGCCAUCCUGCGGCCGCUGCACAAGGACACGCUGGUGACGCGGCGGCGCGCGCUCCUGCUCAUCCUGCUGUCGUGGAGCGGCAGCUUCCUGCUGGCGGUGGCGCCGCUGGCGCUGAGCCGCAGCUUCACGCUGGAGUACAACGCGUGCAGCCGCAUGUGCAACUACGCGCCGCUCUGGGACGUCUCUGGGACGGCGGGACCGCCGCGCGACGCCCACGUCAUGCUCCUCUUCCCCGCCUUCGACUUCACGCUGCUCGGGGGCACGCUGGCCGUCAACAUCAUCUCCUUCACCAGCAUCCGCCGCUACUCGCGCAAGCGCAAGCUGCUGGCGGAGGGCAGCCUGGGCGGGGAGAGCGGCGGAGGUGGAGGAGGUGGUGGAGGUGGUGGAGGAGGUGGAGGAAGCGGGGGCUGGUGUCAGCACCGGCCGUCCUUCUCCGACAUCAAGGCGGCCAAGACCAUCGGCAUCCUGACGUUCGCCUUCACCGCGUCCUUCUCGCCCAUCGCCGUGUUCGUGCUGGGCAACGUGGUGGGCUACGUCUGGUGCAACUUCUCCUUCUUCGCGUUCUGGAUUCUGGCCGGCAACAGCUGCUGCAACGUGGUCAUCUACAGCGUCAGGGACCAGCGCUUCCGUAAGGGAGUGACACUGCUCUUUCAGAGGGACCGCUCGAUCCCCAUGGGGGAAAAAAACUGA